AUGGACUGUGAAUUAGCAACUCAACCUGAUGGAAAGCGAGAAUCCUCCGACGUUUGUCGUGGCUGUGGAGGCAAAAAUGCAAUAAAACCGCUAUCCGUGUAUGGAAACAUCUUUAAAUGGUGCACCUCUAUAGAUAUUUCCUGCUCCGAUGGGCUACCGUCAAACAUAUGCAAUCGAUGCUUGCAGAUGCUAUCAAUAUCAUACGAAUUCAAAAUCAUAUGCACUCGCACCGAUCGAAGUUUACGAGCAAACACAAAUAACGCGACGCAGAUAGAAAGUAUUCCUACGCCUGAAAACAUUUUAUCGGAUGAGUAUGAACAGUCGGAGCUGGUGUACGAAGUGCAAACGGAGGAAGUUGUGGAAGAAAUGGUUUUAACUAACAAAGAGUCUUUCGAUUAUUUAUACAAAAAUGUAGCAGAAAUCGAGGAGUCCAUCACCAAGGAGCCAGAGGGUACCAAACAGAACAUGGGCUGUGAAUUUGAACUUUUGUCGGAUGAGGGCUAUGUACUGCCCGUAGCUGAGAAAUCUGAUGAAAUAUCGUCAUUGGAUGGCCGGGGGUCCCAGGACACAGAAGAGCAGGAGAAGAGAGAAGAACUUGCAUUAAGUGACACGGUAGAAUAUCUCGAUGACACGUGCAAAGAGAUAAGCCCAACGUAUGAACAGUCCGGAACCUGCAGCAAAAUGGUAUCCAUUAUAGGGUUGACGCAUGAGCGGAAAUGUACUAAAACUCAAUCUGUGCGACAUCGUUGCCCGGACUGUGGAAAAGAGUUUGCCUCCAAAACAAACAUGUACCGGCACCAGCAUGCACACAGAGGUUCAAAGCCCUACAAAUGUGAUAUCUGCAAAAAAUGUUUUACCCAAAGUGGGACACUUAAAACACAUAAGUACACACAUUUCAACAUAAAACCAUUCGUAUGCAACGUGUGCGGUCAGAGAUUUACGCAAAGCAAAUCUGUGAAACUUCAUCUUCGGCGACAUACGGGAGAAAAGCCAUACGUUUGUGAUAUUUGCAAUGCUGCGUUCCGGCAAAAGAAUGGUCUGCAACGGCACAUGAAAGUGCACGGAGAAAACACAUGA